AUGAAAAACUAUAGCUCAUGUAUCUUGGCGCUGUGGGGCGGGAGCCAAUAUCCCUGGAGUGAUGCCCGUCAAAUAGUGCUAUUGACUGCAUUCGGUGUGCUGAUUAUCGCGUGGGUCGUGGUGGAAUGGCGACUUGGCGACAAUGCCACAGUGCCGUUUCGUGUUCUCCGCCAACGUACAGUUGCAUGUUCGACCUUCUAUAUCUUUUUUUGGAAGUGCAUCAUUCAUCUUGCUAAUCUAUUACUUGCCAAUCUGUCGGGGCUUCAUAUUCUGGCAACCGUUUUGAGUGUUGUGGUAUUUGCCAUUGCAGGUGGGGUAGGCGUCACCCUUGUCGGAUAUUACACCCCUUUCAUGAUCGUAGGAUCGAUGGUAAUGGCUGUUGGCGCGGGCUUGCUUCUUCUAUUCAAAGUCGAUACCCCCUCUUCGAUGUGGUACGCGGAAUGUGAUCAUCCCAUCCACCGUUCUUUGCUAACAGAUUGCAAGCUUGGAUUUCAAAUUAUCUUUGGCGCAGGAGCUGGUAUUGGUCUUGAGCUCCCGAAUAUUGCCGUUCAGACAGUCCUUCACGAAAGGGACGUCUCUAUCGGAACAUCUUUGGUGGUAUUUGCUCGCUCUCUUGGGGGCGCCAUUUUUGUAUCUGUGGGGCAGAAUGUUUUCAGUAACCACAUUGUCUCGGGUAUGAUCGCGCGGGUUCCUGAGCUAGACCCAUCCAUCAUUCUCCAGGCAGGAGCAAGCCAUCUUCAGCGAACAGUGAGUGAAGCCAGCUUGAGCUCCGACGGCUAUUUAGUGGCUCGUGUCUUGGAAGUAUACAACGAUGCCAUUAUUCAGACAUUUAUUGUCGCCUUGGCCUUGGCGUGUGUAUCUGUCAUCGGUGCAGUCGGUGUUGACUGGCAAACGGUGAAAAAUCCCCCCAAGGAGCACACUUCCACACUGAAGGCUCCGGGCGAAUGA